GUCCACGACAUUUGUGGAGAUUGAUUGCAUAUUCAAGAUAUAUGCCGACUGAUUUAAGGGAGAUAGUAGAUAUCGUAAUACAGAGGUAUGGCUUCUUUGGCCACUUAGAGAACCUGCUUCUAGCGAUGCUGGCAGAUAACAGAGAGCACAUCCGCAAGUAAGCAUGCCGCAGAAUAAUUGCUUCUAGAAAAGAAAACAACUGUCACUUUCGCGUACCACUUUUUAAUAUGCUGGCAGAGGAUUAUAAAGAAAUCAUUUAUUGGUAUAAAACAGAUAGGUUAGAACCAUCAAUAUUAAAGCACGUCUCUGACGAGGACCGGGAAGAUUUUUUAUCUGGUCAUGAAACUGACCCACCCUUUUCCGAAAUUAUCUGUCACACUCAGGCCAUUCAAAGAUAUGUACAUUUAGUUUUAGAGGCAUCAUCUAAAGUUUGUAAAGAGGAAAAACGAGAUGGUUUUAUAAAAUCUCGAAUCGAGUCUAGGAAACUUAUAAAAUCAUUUAAUUCUAAGUCAGAAUUUAGGCUUAAAUAACUUUUUGUUUGUGUUAAUAAUAAUAUGCGUUCUAAGUUGAAUAUUUGUUAAUAAUAACAUAUUUGUUGUAUAUCGGUACACGUUCCUUUUAAGCUCAAUAUGUUUUGGCAGCUUCAGUUUUGUUGAAUUUUUAGUUUUAUUUUU